AUGGCCAUAAACACGGACGUCGAGUUUGAGAAGAAGCUGGGCGGAUCUGGGGACUCGGCUCUGCCGAAGGAGCACCAGGAGACGGAGAAGCUUCUGUUCAGCGCGUCGGAGGGAAGCCUGGAGAAUGGCGUCAAAAACUCCAAGUCGUUCACUGUUAGCCUGCCGAACGCCAAGGAGCUGGAGGCCGAGUCCAAUGGCCACAACAUGCAGUACAUGUCUUCGGAGUCAAUGUCCAAAAUAGGCGCCACUCCCACCUCCCCGUCCAGGGUAAGCGUGGGAAAGGCAUCGUCCACUGGCACGGCCAGUGCCCGGGACCAGUCCCGGCCCAGGGAUUACCUCAUCCUGGCCAUCAUAAGCUGUUUCUGUCCAAUAUGGCCCAUUAAUAUCGUGGCUCUCGUCUACUCCAUCAUGUCCAGAAACAGCUUACAGCAAGGGGACACGGAUGGAGCCAGGAGACUUGGACAUCUUGCCAGAUUACUGAGUAUUAUAGCAAUAGUCCUGGGGACACUCAUCAUAAUCACUUACAGUGUGGUCAACUAUGCAGGUAAAAGUGGUUAA